GACAUUAAGAUCCAUCCACCAACCGACACUACAGUUAAGGAGAGAAAAGCCCCUUAGUUCUGUUCUGUGUUUGCUAAUUAUCUGCUAUUAGAUAAUAAUACUAAGUAUCAUCCAUUCUCGUUUUCCUUUUCUUUCUUUUCUUUUGCAGAUCACUCAAAAUAUAUCCUUUUUCUCCAGCUCCCUCAAGAUUCUCAUCUUCUGUCCCUUAAUUUUAGGUUUCUUGAUUCAAAGGUUGUGCAUAUAUGGAUCACGGGACUGGUGAAUCAGUGGAUGCUAUGCAUUCAGCUGAUAUGAAUUGUGAGCAUGGGGAUUUUGAAUGCAACAUCUGCUUUGAAAUAGCUCAAGAUCCUAUUGUGACUCUUUGCGGCCACCUUUAUUGUUGGCCUUGUCUUUGUGAAUGGUUACAAGUUCAUUCACAUUCCCACGAAUGCCCUGUUUGUAAGGCUCUCAUUGAAGAGCAGAAGUUAGUUCCCAUAUAUGGCCGAGGUAAGGCAAGCUCUGACCCAAGGUCUCGUGUACAUCCUAGGACGAACAUUCCUAACCGCCCAGUAUUCGGGCCAAGACCACAAACUGCUCCGCCACUAGAUAUGAACUAUUUCCAGCACGAUGAGUUAGAUCCGAUGGGGGGAUUCAUGCCAAUGGCAAGUGCGAGGUUUGGGAAUUUGACAUUAUCUUCUUUAUUUGGAGCUAUUCCGGCUUUUUUUAACUUUCAUGUGCAAGGAUUUCAUGAUGCUACUGUAUACGGUGCGACCACAGGAGUUCCAUACCUGUUUUCAAGUUCAGUUCAUGGGGGUUAUGCUCAUGGUUUUCAUCAUUCAACUCAUGUAGAUGGGACAAAGUUCUUCAUCAAGAUGUUUCUCUUGAUUAUUGGUUUCCUCUUAGUUGUUUCUUUAAUUUUGUAGAGUUUCAUUCCAAGUGUUAGAAGGGGAUGCCUUAGCGUAACCGGUAAAGUUGCUGCCAUGUCACCAGGAGGUCAUGGGUUCGAGUUGUGGAAACAGCCUCUUGCAAAAAUGCAAGGUAAGGUUGCGUACCGUAGACCAUUGUGGUCCGGCCCUUCCCUGGACCCCGCGCAUAGCACCGGGCUGCCCUUUUUUCAUUCCAAGUGUUAGAGAUCAAAUUAAGAUGUAGACUUGUUAAUCAUGUGUGUAUAUCUUAGAGUAGUAGACUUGUGUAUGUCUAGCAAAGUAGUGGCCUCAGUGUGCACAGUUAUCUUUCAGUGUAUUCAGUGUUAGGCUUAGGUAUUUAUUCCUUAUUGCACCAUAAUUAGCUCCAUAUUUUUGUCCAACUAUGAGUUUGACUUACACACACUGUGUUAAGAAACUUUACACUAUCAAGUUAUUGAAGAUCCAAUUACAUGUAA